AUGGCUGCCUCCAUGUACCAGCGUGACCCCCGUGCGGGCCUCUUCCUCGGUGGCUCGCGAGUGAGCGGUGCCGAGGUGCGCGACCAGAAUGUCAUGUCGUGCCAGUCGGUCUCGAACAUCCUCAAGUCGUCUCUCGGCCCUGUUGGCCUCGACAAGAUGCUUGUCGACAACGUUGGCGACGUCACUAUUACCAACGACGGCGCGACCAUCCUCUCCCUUCUCGAGGUCUCGCACCCCUCCGCCCGCAUCCUCGUCUCGCUCGCGACGCAGCAGGACAAGGAAGUCGGCGACGGUACGACUUCGGUUGUUCUCCUUGCCUCGGAGCUCCUUAGGAGAGCGAACGAGCUUGUGCGCAACAAGAUCCACCCCACCACUGUCAUUGCUGGUUACCGUCUUGCGUGCAAGGAGGCGUGCCGCUUCAUGGCUGAGCAGAUGUCCACCAAGGUCGACAAGCUCGGCAGAGAGGCGAUUAUCAACGUCGCCAAGACGUCCAUGAGCUCUAAGAUCCUUGCUGCUGAUGACGAUUUCUUUGCGCCCCUCGCUGUUGACGCGAUGCUCGCUGUUCAGACCAUCAACGCCCGCGGCGAGAAGAAGUACCCCGUCAAGGCGGUCAACAUUCUCAAGGCCCACGGCAAAAGCGCGCGAGAGAGUUUUGCAGUCAAGGGCUACGCCCUCAACUGCACCGUUGCCAGCCAGGCCAUGAAGACGCGCAUCCAGGGGGCCAAGAUCGCCUGUCUCGACAUCAACCUUGCCAAGCAGCGCAUGCACCUUGGUGUACACAUCACCAUCGACGACCCAUCUCAGCUCGAGGCCAUCCGCGCACGCGAGUCCGAGAUUACUCUUGAGCGUGUUCGCAAGAUCCUGGCGUCGGGUGCCAACGUAAUCCUAACGACGAAGGGUAUCGACGACCUUGUGCUCAAGGAGUUCGUGGAGGCGGGUGCGAUUGCGGUCCGCCGGUGCCGCAAGGAGGACCUGAGGCGUAUUGCCAAGGCGACGGGAGCGCAGCUUGUGUCGUCCCUGUCGAACCUUGAGGGCGAGGAGACGUUUGAGGCGUCGAGCCUCGGCUACGCUGAGGAGGUUGUGCAGGAGCGGAUCAGCGACGACGAGCUCAUCCUGGUGCGCGGCACCAAGGUUGUCAACUCGUCGUCGAUUAUCCUGCGUGGUGCAAACGACUACAUGCUUGACGAGAUGGAGCGUGCGCUUCAUGACGCGUUGAGCAUUGUCAAGCGUACGCUUGAGAGCGGCAGCGUCGUGCCCGGCGGCGGUGCCGUCGAGACAGCUCUCUCGAUCUACCUCGAGAACUUUGCCACCACUCUCGGCUCGCGCGAGCAGCUCGCCAUCGCUGAGUUCGCCGCUGCGCUCCUCACGAUCCCGAAGACGCUGGCAAUGAACGCGGCCAAGGACUCGACCGACCUCGUCGCGAAGCUUCGUGCGUAUCACAACGCCGCGCAGUCGUCCGCACCUGGCGACCCCAAGCGCCAGCUCAUGUUCUACGGCCUCGACCUGCUCAACGGCGAGGUUAUCGACAACCGCGCAGCCGGUGUGCUCGAGCCCACAAUGUCCAAGAUCAAGAGUCUCAAGUCGGCGCUCGAGGCCGCCACGUCUCUCCUCCGCAUCGAUGACAGCAUCACUGUCACCCCCGAGCAGCCGCGUGAGGACCCUCACGACCACAUGUAG